AUGGAGAAGAAGCAGAGCGGAGGCGCCGGGGAGGACCUGUCAAAGAUCCCCGACGAGGAGCUGCACAGGUGGGGGAAGGACGAGCUGGUGCGCCGGCUGCGGAGGACCGAGGCGGAGAAGCGGGGCGUGAUCGUGGAGCACGGGAACCUGAUGCGGGAAGUGAACCGGCGACUGCAGCAGCACCUCACGGAGAUCCGGAGCCUCAAGGAUGUGAACCAGAAGCUCCAGGAGGACAACCAAGAGCUGAGAGACCUUUGCUGCUUCCUGGACGACGAUCGACAGAAAGGCAAACGCGUGUCCAGAGAGUGGCAGCGCCUGGGCCGGUUCAGCGCCGGGAUCAUGCGUAAGGAGGUCACCAUUUACCUCCAGAAGCUGCGAGAGCUGGAGUCCAAACAGGCGGAAGUCCUGCGCGAGAACCUCGAACUCAAGGAGGUGUGCCUGAUGCUGGAGGAGGAACGGGCCGCGGCGGUGGCCAACAACGGCGGCGUGGGGGGAGGCGGAGGGGGCGGGGCUAUGAACGAACAGGGCGGGUGCAGGGGUUCGAUCGACAGCCAGAGCAGCCAGUGUAGCCCCGCCCCCGGUUUGCUCCGCGACGUCGGGGAUGGGAGCAGCACGUCCAGCGCGGGAAGCACGGACAGCCCCGACAAUCCCCACAGCAAACUGCAUUUAGGAUACAACCUCCACGGCAAAUUGGAGAAUAAUAAAAAAUGCGAAAUAUCUGGAAAAUGUACCGAUCCCAAACAUAACUCGACUGGAAGAAGGCAUAGUUCAACUCCGGAAUACCAUACCUUUCCUCAAAGCUGUAGACCACGUGGAGGAUCUCUAACGAAUCUGGAUACGCACAUUCCCAGUAGACACAAGUCCCCGAGCAGGCAACCGUGUGACUACCAACCCAGACAUUCAGAUUUAAAAGGACACGUUUACAUUUCGCAACAGCCGGGGAAAAAUAAAUCCAGUCCGGAGCUGAGCCAGAGGUCGCCGAGGCCCGGGAAGCCUUCGAGCAGCUGCGGAGGGUCGCCCAUAUCGACGCCGGAGCAUAUACGCAAAAAUCGGGUGAUCGUAGGAAGUCCGGAGUCAAUAAGGAGUCACCAGUACCAGCAGGGUGGCGCCGUGGAGCUGGGCAAAGGGAGGUACGGCGCAGGGACGUCGGGGCAAGACAGAGGGCGCCGGAGAGCAGCGGGGGAGGAGGCCAGUCCACAGCACAGCCUCUACAACGCUCUGAUCUCCGCUGGCUGCUGCACCAACGGCUGCCGGAACACCAAGCUCUGGGACAGCUUCGAUGCCUCCUGA